UCAUUUUGAGGAUUAUUGAAAGACACAGCAGAAGGCUUUAGCUGUGUGUGGAUAAAGUUUGGAUGGAAUCCCCCUUUUUAUUAUUUUAUUUAUUUUUUUAUUGACUAAGUUAUCCUGCAUCAGAACAACACUACAGGAAAAUGAGAAGUUGGUACUAGAAGUGCCGUCAGGGAACCAUCACUUCUUAUUUUCAGGGAAGACGCACGGCAGAGAAGAUUGAUAAAGCAACACGGACGCCUCUGACCGGCCAGCGGUCCGAGAUGUUUCUCCUGAUCUUUAUUCUGGGACUUCUGUCCUGUCAGGCACAAGGGUGGUCGCAGCCUGUGAUAAGGCUAAACCCAGAAGAUGUGGUUGGAUCUGAUGUGGUGCUGAACUCAGGGUCUCCUCUUGUUCUGAUUUGUGAGGGUGAAGGUCCAGUGAUGUGGAGUCCUCGUCUAUAUAAACACAAACGUUACAGCAAGUCGAGUGGAAACAGUUGCACCUUCAGUGUAGAAAAAGCCACCGUCGAGUUCACAGGCACUUACAAGUGCAUAGACAAGAACAAACGUGCCUCCAACUUCUCAUCUGUACAUGUAUUUGUAAGAGAUCCAAACGUUCUCUUCGUGACCCCACCCAGCUUGCGGAGCGUGGUCAAGAAGGAAGGAGAGGAUGCCAUCCUGCCCUGUCUCCUCACUGACCCUGCAGCCACUGAUGUGCAGUUGCGAAUGGACAACGGAACUGCACCACCUGCUGGCAUGAACAUGACAUUUGACCCCAAGAGAGGGAUGCUGAUCCAGAAUGUCCACCCUGGAUACAAUGCCGACUACGUCUGUAGCGUAAAGAUACAAGGCGUGGAGAAAGUGUCUAUAGUCUUCAGUAUCAACGUCAUUCAGAGGGCUCGAUUUCCACCAUAUGUGUUCCUGCAGAGUAAUGAGUACGUGAGAAUCGUCGGUGAGAGACUAGAAAUCAGCUGUUCUACACACAACCCAAACUUCAACUACAACGUCACCUGGAGGCACUCCUCUAGAGCGUUACCACCCCCAAAGGAGAAGGCUAACUCAAGAGGUGACGGGUUGGCCAUUGUAAGUACUCUGACCAUUCCUGCGGUUAGCCUGUCUGACUCAGGGAACAUCACCUGUACAGGAAUCAAUGACGCUGGAGUUAACAGUUCUGCCACAAACCUGCUGGUUGUCGAGAAGCCGUUCCUUAGACUGACUGCUAAACUGCCACCCAGGCUGUCUCAUCAGGGUCUGUCUGUUGAUGUUGCUGAGGGAAAGGAUGUAGAGUUGGGGGUCGACAUAGAGGCAUACCCACCUCUGAAAUUCCAUGGAUGGAAGUUUCCCAACGCAUCACAACCAGAAAUUCCUCCACUCUUCAGGAAUAAUCACAGGUAUGAGGCAAGGCUGAUUCUUAAGAGGCUGAACUCCAGGGAGCAGGGAGAAUACACCUUCCAUGCCAACAGCAGCAAGGCUAACGCUUCCAUAACGUUUCGCAUUCAGAUGUACCAGAAGCCUGUUGUUGUGCUGAGACAGACAAAUGGAAGCUCCGUGACGUGCACAGCAUGGGGCUACCCAGCACCCUCAAUCCUUUGGUACCAGUGCACAGGGACCAGGCCAACAUGUAUGGAAAACUCUACACUGGAGACCCCUCAGCCAAUCCCAGCAGAGACGGUGGAGGUGCAGAGGAAGGAGUUUGGGGAAGUAGAAGUAGAAAGUGCUCUGGCCAUCACACCAUCUGAUCAGACGAUGACUGUAGAGUGUGUGGCAGUCAACGUGGCUGGUCAAGGCAGCGAUACAUUUCCCAUAGAAAAGUCUGAAAAACUGUUCACUGAAGCUCUGACUGGAGCCAUAGGUGUGAUGGCCUUUCUCCUUCUACUCAUCAUCUUCCUCCUGUACAAGUACAAACAGAAACCCAGGUAUGAGAUUCGGUGGAAGAUCAUUGAAGCCACAGAUGGAAACAACUACACCUUUAUUGACCCUACUCAGCUGCCUUAUAAUGAAAAAUUGGAAUUUCCAAGAGACAAGCUGAAACUAGGGAAGAUUCUGGGUGCAGGAGCUUUUGGAAAAGUGGUGGAGGCUACAGCGUAUGGUCUGGGGAAGGAGGACAACGUGACUCGCGUGGCUGUCAAAAUGCUCAAAGCCAGUGCCCAUUCAGAUGAGAAGGAAGCGCUGAUGUCAGAGCUGAAGAUUCUGAGUCAUCUGGGACACCACAAGAAUAUUGUCAACCUGCUGGGAGCCUGCACAUAUGGUGGUCCUGUGCUGGUCAUCACUGAGUAUUGUUGCCAUGGUGACCUUUUGAACUUCCUGCGGAGCAAGACUGAGACCUUCUUGAACUGCGUGAUGACAGUGCCGGGCAUCAUGGAGGAGAGGAGUGACUAUAAGAACGUCACCUCUGAGAGGAUGUUUAUUAGAAGUGACAGCGGCAUUUCCAGCACCUGUUCGGAGAAUUACCUUGACAUGAGACCUGUAGGGCCCAGAACAAACUCAACACAGGUUUCUUCCUGUGGGGAUCAGUUAGCAGACUCAUGGCCAUUAGACAUCGAUGACCUGCUGAGAUUCUCCUAUCAGGUGGCUCAGGGACUCGAGUUCCUUGCAGCUAAAAACUGUAUCCACAGGGACGUAGCAGCCAGGAAUGUUCUUCUGGCGGAUGGACGUGUGGCGAAAAUCUGCGACUUUGGUCUGGCCCGAGACAUCAUGAACGAUUCCAACUAUGUGGUCAAAGGAAACGCUCGUUUGCCAGUGAAGUGGAUGGCUCCAGAGAGUAUCUUUGACUGUGUGUACACAGUACAGAGUGAUGUGUGGUCUUACGGUAUUCUGCUGUGGGAGAUCUUCUCUCUGGGAAAAAGCCCGUAUCCAAACAUCCUGGUGGACUCGAAGUUCUAUAAGAUGAUCAAGUGUGGCUAUCAAAUGUCCCGUCCUGACUUCGCCCCACCAGAAAUAUACACCAUCAUGCAAAUGUGCUGGAACCUGGAGCCCACAGAGAGGCCAACUUUCAGCAAGAUCGGUCAGCUCAUCGAGAGGCUGCUUGGAGACACACCUGAACUGUACCAGAACGUCCAGUCUGGAGAUCAGGUGCUGGAUGAGCAGCAGCUGGAAGCAUGUGACCCUGCCAAGGCCAAUGAAGAGUCAUGUGAACAAGAAGAGGAGGAGCAGCCCCUGAUGAAUGCCAACAACUAUCAGUUCUGUUGAGACCUGUAUGAGCCAUUCCUCUCACUCUUACCUGUGCGCUGUGAAACUUCCACUCACCGGAGAUGAACCCAGUCCAGGAUGAUCCACUGUUAUCUGCAGCUAUGUUUCAGCGCAGGGCCAAAUUUCUCUGUGUUGCUUGUGCGACGAAAAGGUAAAAUCUUAGAGUUAAAGUGCAGCAUGGCAUCAGAGCUUUGUGAGCCGACCUAGAAACCUCUUCUAUCGUUCUGGUGGUUGUGCCAUUACGGGACUUUCUUUAGAAAAUUCUUUAAACCACACAUUUCCGAACUCUUGUCUUCAGUUUCCUCUGAAACAUAUCAAACCACAUCAAAAGUCAUUUUAGAUGCAUAUUCCAUAUCCUUUGCCUGACUUAUGUAAAUAGCAGUUCCCUCUUUGGAUGUGUCGAAAACAGCCAGUUCAGCAUGUUCCAACUUCCUGAUCAUCAGUGUAGUGCAUGUCAUCAAGUUAUUUUCAGUCGAUUCUUACAGACUAUUAAGUGGUCUUGAGCAUUCUUAUGUUUCUUUGUUCUUUUGUGGGCGUGUUAUUUUUCCCCUGUAUGUUUUUUUUAAGCUCUUUAUGAUUUUUUGAUUGGUCAAAAUGAAUAAGCUUGCAAAUGUAUUGCUCAUUUCACACAGUCGUAUGCAAAAGUUUGAACAUCUCAGUGAAAUUAAAUGUUUUUUUGAUUUUCUAAGUGAAAAUAAGUUACCAUCUUUUCUACAGGGAGCUUAAAUGCACCAUUUGUCUGGAAAUGUUUGUGCACAAUUUCUAUUCAUUUACUGAGUUUAACAUAUUGGGAAAAAAUAAAACAUCAAAGAUUAAAUGUGCCAUAAUGUUUGCAUACACGCCACAUUUUAAUGUUUUAUAAACUGUGGGGUGAGAAUGUUAAAUUCAACAAAUACACAGUAAUUGUGCAUUAAAAUCAACAAAACAUGUCAUUGACCAGGUGUGCCCAAACUUUUGCACACAACUAUAUAUGCAUUUGCAAGGUUGGAGCAAAUAUGAUCAGAGGCAUCAUAUGAAAGUUCACUGAGUGAAGAGGUACUAAAGUACUAAAAUGGAAUUUCCUGAAUUCUCAUCUUUCUGAAAUCUCUCAAUGUCAUUCACUGUAUGUAAUGUAUCACUGUAUGUAAUGUAUCACUGUUUAUCAAAAUCUUUAUUGUUGGUGUGUUUCUUGUUUAUUAAGAUGUAUACAGAAUAUUUGUGAAUUUAAUGUAGCAUUGAGCGUACACUGCCAUAUAUCGAGCCUCUGAUCUGCUCAAGGCUCGUCCAUAGAACAUGAUCUCAGUGCAUACUGCCAUUAAAACAGGUUUACUUUUAGCUACAAGAUUUAUACUUUGCUCAUAGUUAAUAGGGUACUGUCAUUAGUUGGUGCAUUUUAUUGAUUCAUUUUAAAACCAUAAAAGACAAAGUAUAUAUGUUUUCAGUGUUUCAGCAGAUAUCUGUUUAAACUGUGUAGCACAUUUACUGAAACUGAAGCUCUCAAGAAUUAAUAAAUUCUGACUCUGUUAAGUACAUGGUGUAUAUCGCUCACUCACAUCUGUCAUAAGCUAUUCAAUAAAGCCAAAGAUCUUGUAAAACUUUUGGAGUUCCAUUUUUCAACAACUAGAGUUAAAACUUCUUAUUUAGUGCUUUAAUACACAGAAGAGGUUCAUUACAUUCCAUUCAAACUUUUUUGUUAAACUUUUAAAGCUGUUCUAGCUUUGUAGAUUUUAAAUACAUCACUUGACUUAAGACUAAAUGGGACCACUGUGACAAUGCAACACUGUGACAAGAGCUGGGUCUAAUUUUGUGAGUUAACGUUGAAUUUAAGAUGCAUCAACACUGAUUUUGUGAGUUAAAGUUGAAUUUAAGAUGUUUCAACACUUUUUGUGAGUUAAAGUUGAAUUUAAGAUGCUUCAACACUGUUUUUGUGAGUUAAUGUUAAAUUUAAGAUGCUUCAACACUUUUUGUGAGCUAAAGUUGAAUUUAAGAUGCUUCAACACUGUUUUUGUGAGUUAAUGUUAAAUUUAAGAUGCUUCAACACUGUUUUUGUGAGUUAAUGUUAAAUUUAAGAUGCUUCAACACUGUUUUUGUGAGCUAAAGUUGAAUUUAAGAUGCUUCAACACUGUUUUUGUGAGCUAAAGUUGAAUUUAAGAUGCUUCAACACUGUUUUUGUGAGUUAAAGUUGAAUAUAAGAUGCUUCAACACUGUUUUUGUGAGCUAAAGUUGAAUUUAAGAUGCUUCAACACUGUUUUUGUGAGCUAAAGUUGAAUAUAAGAUGCUUCAACACUGUUUUUGUGAGCUAAAGUUGAAUUUAAGAUGCUUCAACACUGUUUUUGUGAGUUAAAGUUGAAUUUAAGAUGCUUCAACACUGUUUUUGUGAGCUAAAGUUGAAUUUAAGAUGCUUCAACACUGUUUUUGUGAGCUAAAGUUGAAUACA